AGCUUAUAUUUAUGUAACGCCCCCGUCUCGCUGAUAAGAAUCAGGAACUCAUAAACCGCGUUGUUUUAUUUUAUUUUUUUCUUUAUUUCUAGGGAGUGAAGAAGAGGGAUCAUGGCGACACGUUUGAAAGACCUGACGUCUGUUUUCGCGCGGUGGUCCUGCCGCGUGUUUUCAGCGGAGCUGGACGGAGCGCCUUUUUAUUUCGGACUUCAGGAGAAGCGCGCGGAAAAGCCGCCGCUGGCUUUCUCCAAACUCCUGGAGGGGAACAAGAAGCGCUGCUACUCCCUCCUGGUCUGCAGCAGSGACAGGGUCAGGAGAGAAAAGUUUUACUGGGAGCUGAAAGACAGGCUGCUGAGAGACUUGCCUCCGGGCUCCGAUUUCACCAACAUGCUGUCGUUUCUUCCCGAUGCUAAAAARUCUCUGAUCAAGGGUUAUUUCUUAAAGAGCAACUCCGAGAACUCGUCCCGGAUAGAGAGCCUGUUGGGGCAUUUAGAGCAGCAUGAGCCGGUGUUAGUGUGUUCAUAUUCCGGGGGGGAAGGCGAUCAGCAGUGGACUCAGCGUGUGUGGACAAACACAGGGAGCGAGCUGAUGGGGAUGAGUAAAUUCUACGUGGUGCCGGCAGCAGCGCCAACAUGUCACCCAUCUGUGCUCAACAUCAUCAACUCUGAUGUCUUCUACAGCCUUGAUGAGGCCUGUGACGUUUUGGAAAAGUGUGGUGACAUCAUCCCAGAGAGCACGUCCGUGCUGAGGAUGCUUCCCGGCAGAGCGAACGCCAGAGGAAAACCAGACUUCCCUGUUAUUGUCAUCGAGGGCCUGGAUGCUACAGGUAAAACUACUCUCACGGAGUCUCUAAAYGAUGCUCUCGGGGCCACCCUUCUGCGGUCCCCUCCCCAGUGCCUGUCCCCUUGGAGAGCCCGCUUUGAUCAGGAGCCUCCCCUCAUCCGCAGGGCCUUCUACGCUCUUGGGAACUACAUCACCGCCGAGCAAAUAAGCCAAGAGAGCAUGAAGGCGCCCYUCAUUGUGGACAGAUUUUGGCACAGUACAGCAGCGUAUGCCAUUGCCACGGCAGUGAGUGGUUCAGUCAGUGAGCUCCCUCAAGACGGCUCUGAGGUGUAUCYCUGGCCCAGUGACCUCCUCCAGCCCAGCCUGGUGGUCUUACUCUUCCUGGACCCCGAGGAGAGGAAGAGGAGGCUGAGGGACAGAGGCCUAACAAAAACAGAUGAGGAAGAAGAGCUGGAUCACAACCAACUCUUCAGACUGAGAGUGGAGGAAGCUUAUCGGAGGAUCCGUGGCCCAGUUUGCGUCACCGUGGAUGRGAGUCCCUCUGCAGACCUAGUGCUCCAACAAGUGCUGCUUUUAAUUAGGGCCAAAUGCCACUUGUAAACAGUUCUCCCUCUCCCACCGCCGGCAGCAGAGCAUCAAGUGGAUGCAGUACCUCCRGUCGCCACUGGGUGCCAGUAAGGUGUUGUCAAAGUGGCCACCUGCAGGAGGGCAGGUGGCCAGACUGGAGUGUGGAAAAGAGAUUUUGUUCACAAUGAGUAAAGGUUGAGUGGCCAGGAGCCAGAACCGCAUGCUACAAACAGAAAUACAUAUUAAUGUGGAAACACACACARACACAUACACACACACAUAGCCACACUGGAGUUUUGUCAAGAAGAAGUGAGCUUUUCAUACUGUUUGCCACCUCUAAAAGAAUCACUCUUUGUMUAGCCUUCAGAUAAAUGUAGCUGCUUUUUUUAUUUGGACUGAUGCUAAAGAAGGACAAAAGAAUAGGCACGACUGAGUUCAAUUCUGUCGAGGUGUUUCAACAAGACAGUCCUAAUCUUAACACUCAUUGUGCAAACAAAACUCCURCCAUCACUAACUUUAUUCUUGGCCACACAGUUAAUUUGCUUCAAAACAACCUCCUUCCACACAGUGAUUUAUUGCAGCACAGGGCUUUAUUGACUGUACCGAAGUAAAUAUAACAAAAAAGAAAUCCGAUYUGUAGCAUCUGCUGCAAUAUAGUUAACCUUCCGUAUGUUUACACACUGUAAAAAAGUGAAAAAAAUAAAUAAAUUGAUUCAUAUAUUUUAGAUAAUUUUCAAAGUAAAACAUUACAAACCUCACCUUGUUUGUUGUUUGGUGAGACUAGAAACGAGACGCUUAUAUUUCUCAACUGGAGUUCUGAAUCGUCUGCAUUAGUUAAGAUUUUUGUUUGAUUUUAUCCACAUAGCGUUGGAUUUGUUGAGUUUUGAUAAUUUCUUUUAAAUGGUAAGGGCUGAAGGUGACUAGAAAUAAAAAUAUUACAGGGYAAAGUAAAUCAUCUUCCUGUUUCUGAUGUCAGCUGGUGCAAUAAUCCCUUCUUUUUCAAACAUCUUAACUACAACAUGGUGCUUCAAAGUAUUACUUGUAGAUGCUUAUAAAUAUUGCAUUAAUCUUUUUAUUUUUAUUUUUUAGAAAUAAUAAGUUACUUGCAGGGGGCAAGUUGUGGUCAGUUUGUAGGGUUAAAGCAAUAGUCUGGUAAUUUAAAAAAGGGAUGUUCUGAUAGUUGUGAGUAAAGUGUCUUAUCAGAUGUGAUAAGAGUUGCAAAUCUUGGGGUUGGGCAAAAGCAAAUUGUGUGCAAUUAAUCGUCAGGAAAACUGUCAGCAAUUAAUAUUUGCCACUUUGCAAUUAGUACACUUCGUGCCACAUGACUCAUUUUUGUGAUGGACUCUCACUACCUGUGGUGCUUUACUAAAGAUCUGCUGCCACUCAUUGGUGAAAAAGUGGGCUUCAAUUCACAGCCAACUAUCUUAACUUGUUAAAAUGAAUGUUUUUGUUUAUUUGUAAUGUUUGUUUUUGCAGUUUAAUUUAAAUAAAUAUUUUUUAAAAAA